UAAUUGUUGUUACUUGUGAGGAAGACCUGCAAUUGCAAAGACUGAUCGAGCGACAGAGCAUCAGCGAGUCGCAGGCGAAGAAGCGGAUCGCUGCGCAGAUGUCGCUCGACACGAAAUGCGACAAGGCGCACUUUGUCGUGGAGAACUCGGGCAACCUGAACGACACCCAGCAACAGGUCGACCGCAUUGUGUCGCUGCUGAAGGCGUCGCGUCACCACUGGAAGCUACGCAUUGUCACCGGCCUCGUGUGCUCGGGACUCGUGUCGCUUGUCGUGUGGCUCGGCACGCGUUACGUCCUCUCGCAAAACAAAUCCGAGUCCAGGUAGUCAAUGGAGGCUGUUUGUUCACUUGUCUUUUGGUCGUGGAUUUUCUUGCUUAGUGGAUGGGCUGGAUAUAUUCUAUUGAAAUAAUACUCGGUAUGCCUUACCUCCAUAAAAUGCUUAAAACUGAUACUCAAGUAAUAGAUUUUUUUGUAAAAUCCUCAAUGCUAUUGUCAAGAAACUGGAAUAGUAUAGAUUCAUUGGUCAUUGUUCAAGUGAAUUUAUUACAAUAGGCUCUAAACUGAUGCUCCCCAAGUUACAGAUUUAUUUGUUAAAUCCUCAAUGCUAUUGUCAAGUAACUGGAAUAGUAUAGAUUGAUAGACUGGAUAGUAUGGUCAUUAAAUGAAUUAACAAUAAGGUUUGACAUUAAUAACAAUAGAGUUUGACAUUUGCUGAAGUUUGAAAAACCAGAGUACAAUAUUCAGACUAUCAUAUUUGCAUCAUUCUCAAAACAUUAGUGGAAAUCAACUCUUACGUUGGCUGACACUAACUGGUACCUCUAGAAUCAGAUUUUAUUUUAUCUUGUUCUAUUUGUUUCUCAACGUCCUAAGAAGAAUUCAAGUGUACAAUUAUUUCAUUACAUUCUUGGGAUGAAUGCAUUCCAGGGUGAAUCGGCUUUGAUACGCGAGUAUUUUUUAGUAUUAAGAUGGCAAUAAUUCAUUGAGUCGUAACAGAGGCCAUCAGUUUGUUAAAUAGAAUGAGAUUAUCGUGUAUUGAUAGUUGUAAUUGAUGAAUUGUUUAACCGGGGUUGUCUUAGAAAAUUAAUUGGCUGUUAAUUUGUCUCAAGUUUUAAAUAUUCUUCCUGUAAUUGAACAAUUUUUUAUUGAAUUUUGGUUAUCAUUUGUGGAGUAUAGUUCAAUCUGUUCUACAACGUUUUACUAUUGCUGCUGUCAUAAGUCGAGAGUCGAGGGAUGGUACAAUAAAUGACAGACCGAAUGAGAAUCGAACCUAUGAUCUGUGGUAUCAGACUCAAGUUACAACGCUUUGUAAUACUAAGCUUGUAUUGAUUUCAAAUAAAGGUGCAAUUUCUUUGAGGCGUGUCGAGACGCGCAGCUAUAAGCAGAUGUGUCGAGACUCGCUUGGCUUUAAUCAGGCAGCUCGAGACGCGUGGUUACAGCCGUCAUGGCUAGAGCACCUAACCUAUAAAUUCAUUAGAUUCGAUUACUCAUUGGAUUUUCAUGUUGUAUCUACGUUAUGGCGACAGAUGAAUUAGAACAUAGCCACCUCUAAUACAAGGCUGCGGCCUACGAUAUUGCAACGUCGCAGUGUAGGCCUAGAAUCUAAUACAUGAUUGAUGAAAAAGGUUUUUAAAAAUAUCAGCUAAUCUUUUUCUCCAAUCAUGUAUUAGAUUGUAGUCCUACACUGCGACGUUGCAAUAUCGUAGGCCGCGGCCUUGUAUUAGAGGUGGCUAUGAUUAGAAGUGUUAGCUGCUAUAUUAAUUUCACGAUUUAUAUCCAAUGAAUCAUAGAAUCUAAUGAAUUUAUAGGUUAUGUGCUCUAACCGUAACGGCUGUAACCAAGUGUCUCGAGACGACUGACCACGCAUCUCGACAUGUCUGCUUAUAGCCGCGCGUCUCGACACGACUCUAAGAAAUUGCACCUUGAGAGGCUUUAUUAAAAUAUUUACAGUUUCUUACAUCACCAGUUUAGUUGUUCUAGUACUUUGGUAUCUAUUUGAAUGAUGAAGUUAAAUAAUAUAGAUCACUUUUACUAAUAGAUUCUCAUUAACUAGUACUAUUACUAUGUCGACUCUUGAUUUUGAUGAGAGUUGUGAUUAUUAAUAAGUCGACCAUCCAAGAAACAGAAAAUACGCAAAAUACUAAGAGUCAAGUGUUCAACCCUGUUAUCGAUCUGCACAAUUUCAAUCUAGAUUAAAAGGUAGAUGACAGUAAAAGAAUUUUCAUUUUUAGGCAAAGAUCACAAUUCUGUGUGGUAUGAGCCUUGAAGACCAGUUACCAAUCAUGGUUGAAAAUUUUAUUUCCUAGUUUUUAAGAAUCAACUCUCUGCUUCCUGUAUACUAGUGCAAUUAAUAAACCAAUAUUAGUUGAACUUAUUCCAAUAAAUUGAUGCUUCAACAGUGGAAACUUUGAGAAAAUAGAAUUCUACAAAAAUGUCAUCUGAAUAAUUAGAUGAUUACAUUAUAUUUAUCUUUCUAAAACACAACUGUGUGAGACUGGUAUACCCACAUUUUGUGUAAAACCUUCACUUCCAUCCGUAAAAAUUUAAAUUAGUUUCAUCAACUGUUUUGUGGUCAUUUUUACUAAUUAGAGUACUUCCAUUCCUUAUAAAAUGCAUUUUUUUCUACACUGAUUUAUUCUUCAACCGAUAUUACUUUUUUAUAGAGUUGUUUUAAGAAACUAGUUGAAUAGGUAGGUAACCCAUUUAAUUUAUUUACCUUUAUUAUUCUGGUUUGCUUUUGAAUCGUUUUCUUGCUUUUGAAUUUUUAUAAUUUCGAUUAUCUUGGGAUAGUUUUCUUUAGAAUAUUUUUAAAUAUAAGGCACGUCUGCUUGUUUCAUUUAACAAUAUAUUUAUUCUAGUGAUAAAAACAUAAUUCCAAUUGUAUAAAAAAUACUGUAAUUCUAUUAGGCUAUCUAAAGUGCAUGUAGGGUAGAAUUUUUUUAUGAAUAAAUUCAUUUUUUAAUUCAA